CCCCCGCGCGGAGGAUGCUGUGGUUGUGACGGAGCUCGGCUGAAUGAUGGGGAAGGACCAGGAGCUGCUGCAGGCCGUGAAGACCGAGGACCUGCUCACUGUGCAGAAGCUCCUGCAGAGACCCAAACCCGGCAAAGCGAAGUUGCUUGGUUCUGCAAAGAAGGUGAACGUUAAUUUCCAGGACACAGAUGGGUUUGCUGCGCUUCACCAUGCUUCCCUCAAUGGAAAUCUGGAGCUCAUCACUCUGCUGCUGGAGUCUCAGGCCAUGGUGGACAUCAGGGACCAGAAAGGUAUGCGACCCCUGCACUAUGCUGCUUGGCAGGGUAAAUCUGAACCCAUGAAGCUACUGCUAAAGUCUGGAUCAUCAGUGAACGGUCAGUCAGAUGAAGGCCAGAUCCCGCUGCACCUGGCUGCUCAGCAUGGACACUAUGAUGUGUCGGAGAUGCUGCUGCAGCACCAGUCGAACCCCUGCAUCGUGGAUAAUGCUGGAAAAACCCCUCUGGACCUGGCCUGCGAGUUCGGCCGAGUUGGAGUGGUCCAGCUGCUCCUCAGCAGUAAUAUGUGUGCGGCUCUUCUGGAGCCCAAACCUGGAGACUCUACUGACCCCAACGGAACAAGUCCACUACACCUGGCUGCCAAAAACGGACACAUAGACAUCAUCAGGCUGCUGAUCCAGGCAGGCAUUGACAUCAACAGACAGACGAAGGCCGGUACUGCCCUUCAUGAGGCAGCACUGUGUGGAAAAACGGACGUGGUUCGCCUCCUGCUGGACAGUGGCAUUAAUGCAACAGUGAGGAACACCUACAGUCAGACAGCUCUGGACAUCGUUUACCAGUUCACCGCCACACAGGCCAGCAAAGAGAUCAAACAGAUGCUGAGAGAUGCGUCGGCAGCCCUGCAGGUCAGGGCUCUGAAGGAUUACUGCAACAACUACGACCUGACCAGCCUCAACAUUAAGGCAGGAGACGUUAUUACAGUGUUGGAGCAGCACUCGGAUGGCAGGUGGAAGGGCUGUAUCCAUGACAACCGCACAGGAAAUGACAGAGUGGGCUACUUCCCUUCUAGCAUAGUGGAGGUCAUCUGCAAAAGGCCAGGUCCAACAGGUUCUUGGAGUACAGUCGUUAGUACCCAACAGUAUCAAACCAUCCCGCUGUGUGUGAGCGGGUGUGUGUCCCCCGGUGCAGCCGUGCUGAAUGGGGAAUCGUAUCAUGAGAUUCAUAUCCUGCCGCCUCCACCCACGCCACAUGCCCAUCAGCCACUUUUCACUUCCUUUGGCUAUAGCAGGUCGCAAAGCACCUCAGCCGAGCCGCUCAGCCAACAAGGUGCCCGCGGUUCAGAGUCCAGCCCUCACGGCUCCCCGACUCCCUCUGGCGGGCCACAGGGGUGCAGCAAUGAGGAGAUCUGGGUCCUGCGCAAGCCUGUGGCAGGUGGAGACCGCAGUAGUGUGGGUAGUUCGGGCAGUGUGGCCAGUGCUCGCUCCUCAGGCAGUGGGCAGAGUGCUGGGAGCAGCUCCCACAUUCUCCACGCUCAGGCUGAGGGGGUGAAGCUUCUGGCAACAGUGCUGUCCCAGUCAGCAAAGGCUAAGGAGCACCUGCUGGAGCAGUCCAAGUCCCUGGAGCACUCGUCCAUCACCACAGCUAAGGGUCCAACCUCGCGGAGUCAAAGUGUGUCGAGCUGUCCUCUCCAUGAGCAGCCGUACUCAGAGGCUCCUCAGAGGAAAGCUGAAGUUUUGUCUGAGGGGAAGAGCUCAGAGGCCGUUACCCAAUGGCUGAGCGAAUUUCAGCUGCAGGUCUACGCUCCGAACUUCAUCAGCGCCGGCUAUGACAUUCCCACCAUUAGCCGAAUGACCCCUGAGGACCUGACUGCCAUCGGUGUGACUAAACCAGGUCACCGCAAAAAGAUGACCUCAGAGAUCAACAAGCUCAGCGUGACAGAGUGGACACCUGACCAAAAACCUGCUAACCUUGGUGAGUGGUUGACCAUGAUCGGACUGAGCCAGUACCAUCAGGUCUUGGUCCAAAACGGCUAUGAAAACAUUGAAUUCAUCACUGAUAUCACCUGGGAAGACCUGCAGGAGAUUGGCAUCACCAAGCUGGGCCACCAAAAGAAGCUGAUGUUGGCUGUGAAGAAGCUGGCUGAGUUGCAGAAAAGCUCUGAAAACCGAAAUAUGACACGCAAGAAACCUCAGUUGUCUCAGGACAUGGUGGCCAUCGAGAGCCCACCGCCAGACAGCGGAGAGUGCAUGUCUCCAAAGAUGACCACCUUCCAGGACAGUGAGCUGAGCGGGGAACUUCAGGCAGCCCUGACCCGCCCUGGAAACACCCCGGAUGGUCCUGACGUCCGAAACAAUGCCAACGGGGGUCCAGUUCCUCAGCAGCGUUCACGCAGUCUCCAUGAGAACAGCAUCAACAAGAGUCGAGACUCAGAAGAGCCCAUUGGUCCUCCCAGAAAAGAGGCCCGUACCAUGCGUCAGAGCAGCCAGGCCGGAAGCCAGAGGGGAAGCACUUCACAGCCCAAACCGAGACAGUCCUACCCACAAGGCAGUGGUCCUCCUUACACUCCACCUCAGACUCCCACCAAAACAAAGCCACCUUCCUCUCAGACCAUGGGGUCCUCUCAGGCAAAGCCUAAACCAAGCCCCCAGCUUCUGCAGCAGACGGAAAGACCAAUGUCACCUCGCCCUGCGCCUCAGUCACCAACUCACAGAGCGCAACCCCAACCGUCCCCACAGCCUACGGAGAGUGUAGAAGCAGUGCAGCCAGCACCUCCUGUCUCCGUGCCACUCCUGUGCCUGCCACCAGAGGGUGACAGUGAUGAAGGAAAUGAACAAGGCACUCCGAAGAAGCGAGCUCACAGCCUGAACCGCUAUGCUGUUUCCGACGGCGAACAAGAGCGUGAAGAACUGAAUGUGCAGGACACGGGCGGGAAGUACGCAACUGUCCAGCAUCGGGUAGGUCGAAGCAAUUCCAUGAAAGGGCAGGCAGACAAGAACGUGAACCGCAGCCAGUCUUUUGCUCUCAGGCAGAAGAAGAAAGGUCCACCACCACCUCCACCCAAGCGCUCAAGCUCAGCUAUCUCCAGCUCCAGCAGCAACUUGACAGAAGUGCCCAAAGAAACAGGCACUACUGGGCAUCUACUGGAUGUUAACUACCAACCGCAGAGACGUGCCAGUGACCUGGGAGGGACUGUGGACACAGGCAGUGCGGGCAGCGUCAGGAGCAUCGCUGCCAUGCUGGAGAUGUCCUCCAUUGGAGGAGGGGCUAAAGGUCUGGCUCAGAAAUCUACAGGACAUUUUCUGCAGGUGGGUACAGCAGGUGGGAAGCAGCAUGACGCCAUUGGUCUGGAUGGAGAAGUUGUGAACCGACGCAGGACCAUCAGUGGUCCCGUCACUGAUCUAGUGGCUGCAGCUAAGAGAGAACAGCAGUCUCAGCCUGUGCAAGUCCAGGAUAAACCACCGAAGGAGCCUCAGCCAAACUCUACUGGCACCUCAGCUGAAAAUCUGCCAUUUGCUGAGGAUGGAAACCUCACCAUCAAACAGAGACCCAGACAGGGCAAGGGUGAGGGUGAGGAAGUAGUGGACAGCAUGUAUCCCCUGCCACAGGAGGAAAUUCCUAAUGUGGACGGCACGGGCACUCUCAAGAGAAGGGCCUGGAGCUCCAAGCAACACCAAGAAGAAGCCAAGUUCCACCUCACAGAGUCCAACACAGUAAAACGAAGACCCAAGAGCAGGGAGACCAAGGAGUCUGAAGAGCCUCAGCAGGAAGAACCACUGGUGCCGCCUUACCAGAAUGGUACUGGCACCAUCAAGAGACGCCCAACAUCUGAAGUGACUGUGUCUGAACAGCCAAGACCACAGGAGCAUGUGGAGAACAAGCCUCGGAGAGACAGCACAGACAGUACGGACAGCGCGGCUCGUAAACCUGUGAAACCUCCUGUGUCGCCCAAACCUGUUCUGGCACAGCAUUUGAAGAAGCAGAUACCUCCGGCUACCGUAACCAAGAAAGCCUCUUUUCCUGGACCAGGGGCUCCUGGCAGCCCAGGUACUACCCAGUGUGGCCCUUUCUCUUGCCCUGUCUUUACACAAUUAUUUGAAGGAAAGAAAAUACCUCCUCCUAUUUCCCCAAAACCAACACCUCCUCCCACGGCUCCCAAACCACCGAAGAACGUCCUUCAGUCCAUGAACCCUCCGCCUGGCCAGACGCCGAUACCGUCUCCAGGGAAGCCACCGGUGGUGAAGAUCGAUAGUCCAGUUCUGGCUACGAACCCAGCCAAGUCCCCAACUCCUCCAACUCCUCCAGCCCAAAGCCCCCAGACUCCACACACCCCACAGACCCCAGUGACGCCCCAAACCCCCCAGACCCCUGUGCCUCCUCCAGUGAAGCCUCCUCGCUCCUCCAUCAGCGGGGUGUCUAUGGACAGUGGCAGUGGCGGUGUGGGGCCAGGGUCAGGGGUCAUAAGUGCAGAUGCUGUCCAUCAGAAGAUCGAGGAGACAAGUGCCUCACUUGCUGCAGCUCUGCUGGCCGUGGAGGAGAAGAUCAAAGAGGACAGGCACAGAGACUCUGUGUCUGAGAAUAAGAGCACAGUGAGCAUCCUGGACGACAUCGGCAGCAUGUUUGAUGACCUGGCAGACCAGCUAGAUGCCAUGCUGGAGUGAAGAGCGCCACCUGGGUCUCUGUGGCAUAACCUCAGGGUCCAGGAGAGCACACAAAAGGGCACAAAUUAGUGACUAACCAAACCAAUAAACAGAUAAAACAAACAAUACCCCUGAAACCUUCAAAACCUUCGAAACCUCCAGCCCCGUCCUCCUGCCCCUCCUGUUCUCCUCCCAAUUCUUCUCCUCGGUGAAAGAACAUUCCCUCUCUCUCCUCCCUGAAAUUAGUUUGCACAACCCCCUCACCCUCACCCCCACCUGCACCCCACCCCCACCCCCCAGGUGAAGUGACCUCAGGGCUGGGCGGCAGAGAUCAUCCAGGGUUUUCCAAGGGCAGAGAGGGCAGAGAGGGCAGAGGACGAGUUUCACCCAGAGAAUAAACUCCGCUGUCCGUCCUUUUCCAUUCACAACUCGCUGUCGUGAGGAAUGAAUAGCAAAACACUACAAUACCAAUAAUUGCUGUAUAUGAAAAUUUAGUAUGGUAUGUGUACAUUGUAAGCAUGAGGAAAGUUUGUAUCUAUAAAGAAAAAAAAUCUCAUAGUGAGAGUCAUGCAUUAGUACAGUAAUAUAUAUAAGUAUAUAUAUAAAUAUAUAUAUAAAUAUUUUAUUUUGUUUUUAUUUCAAGGUAAAUGGUACAAUACAGUGUUAUGUGUCAGAACUCUAUGGACUGACGACAGAAAUACAGAUUUUUCUAUGACCAAAACGAAGAAAAAAAAAAAGAAAGACGCUAAGCUCGCUGUCAUGUGUGUAUUAGCCGUGCUCAGUAGUGGGCAGUAGUGGGCCGUGUUGACAGUAGUGGUUGGAGUUCCUGUGUAAGUCCUGCUCUGCUCCGUGUGUUCGCCUCGGGCUCCUGUACCUCCAUAUCCCACAUUUCUCCACUGCCUCGCUCCAGGAUGGGCAUCAAUUUUAUCUUCUCUUAUCUUCUCUGUUCACAGAAGUCCUUACAGUAUAGCUUUCCAGAAACUCGGCUGCAUGGACCUAUGAAAAUAUGAUUGUUUGAUCUGAAUACAAAGGCAAAUGUAUUUUUAGUAUUAUUAUUGUUAAUAAUAAUAAUAAUAAUAAUAAUAAUCAAACAACAAACACCAUCAAGUUUUCAUUCAUACUCCUUUUUUGCCUACUUAUACUGUAUGGCCUUGUUUUCAAAAAGCCUCUGAAGCACUCAAGGGUUUUGUUAGAGCAGUCAUAUUUUCAUGGUAUUUAUGUUUUGAUCAACUAUUCGACCAAUCAGAUAACCUGUUCCUGAUCACAUUGACUGAAUAAAUUUGACCUUAAAAUGCCCAUCCCUGGUCUGCAUGUGCCCUUCUGCCCCCCGUUUCCUGCCCACUCGCCCCUCGCAGUGUCCCGUGUGCCUUAACACGACAGAUGACCUCAGCGCUUAUACACACACGCACACUCAUAUGCACAUACAUGAGCCUGUAGGGGGCGCUGUGAAGAGUUUGGAGUCUAGUCUGCUGAAGCCGGAGUCUAAUAGAGGACCAAAUUGCAGUUCGAGCAACUUCUCAGCAACUGCAGUAUACCCUGUUAGCAAAGCCACGCCCCCUUUACAUAACCACAGAGUCAAGACAGCAAUUUUAGGAUAUGCCUUUUUUAUCUACCUUUUUAUCACUUUUGAAGACAGGAAUACCUCAAUUCAUCAUAACACCUACAAGUCAACAGUGUUGUUUGAGUACUAAGUUAGUUAGGGUAAACACAGCGUUAGCUUCAGGCUGGAGACGUGGGGUAGGCCCACGUAGACGUAGACCCAGUGACUCGGUUACGCUUGAUAAUUCCACACUACAUCAAUUGAUUGAGUGUAAUCAAUGUACUGUUCUCAUAACCCAGAGCUAAUCUACCAUAAGAGAGGCUGGAGUUUUCCAGCAAGAGCCACCUACAGAAAGUUAUGUUUCUGUCAGUAGUAUCUCUGACAUACAAAACAAUUAAUCACAGUCUACUCUUUGGUUCUACUGACCAUGACCAUUAGGGCCCCUAGAUCUUGGUUUGGGAAGUGCUAUGUUUUCUAACUUUAUUAAAUCCAUGUUUGUACAGAGAGUACUCUUCCGUCCUGAAACUGCUGUCCUGAAGCUGUGGUGAUGUGCCUGGGGUGGUCUCCAGAAAGUUAGUGUGUGUCUUAGGCCUAGAGUGUUUUGGUGCAAGAAGUGGUGAAAAGUGCUUCUUCUGAUGGAACCCCAAAGGGCUCUAGAAUCUGCUGUUGUCGGCUUCGUUUGUGAGCGACGGCACAGAAAAGCACAAGGCCUGAGAGGAGCUGGGUGAGGGAACCGUAAGUGGAGUGAAGGAACCUGCAUGUCUCAGUUGGGGAACAAUUUGAGGCUCAACUGCACAAACCAGGAGCUCCAGCAUGUCUGCUAGGUGACCGAUGCUGUAGAGUGAUAGUUGUGCCGAGGCUGUCACCGCUGAUGCGUCUCUUGCUUUAAAUGCUGCUUGUGCUUUGCAGCUGUGUGAGUAAGAGUGUGUGCAUGCAGUGUGAGUGGUGUAGAAGCUGUUCUUGUGCAGGUGAAGUGAGGUGUGCUGCAUUCACAUUGUUUUCUCUUAAAACAUCUCACCUCUUUCUCUAAAACCACCAAAGCCUGGGUAUUGAAACCUGAAGCGCUGAAGGUACAGUUCAGCAGUGGUCCUAAACUUAAGUUCUACAGUCCAAAUUCCAAACUAGGCAAAGUCUUAGCUUGUGUUGUUAACCUCAAGGGUACUGAGCUACCUAGUGAUGUAGCUCAUGUUAACACUACUUAAGAUACGAUACUGACCAAUUCAGAGUAUAAGUAAUAACCAAUUCAGACCCUAAAAUUAAGCUACUGACCAGUUUACUCUAAAAGCUAGUGGCCAAUACUUCUACUCAAAAUGACUGACCAUUACUGCACCAGAUUAACUCAUUUUUAUAAUAUUACAGCCUCUCUGAGUAAGAAUACUGAGCAGAAUUGCUGUAGAUUAAAGCAACUGACAAACACAGACCCUCCAAUUCAUAACACUGAUUAAUACAGCUCCAUCACUCCACAAGGUCACUCAUUUGGAUUAAAUCAACUGAGCAAUACAGACCGUAAAGUUAAAGCUACUGACCAACACUGUCUCUCAAAUGUAAGCUGACCAGCUAAAAGUAAAGCAUCUCACCAAACAUUUCCCUCAGACCUAAACUACAGACCAAUACUCCCCCCAGAUUACAGAUAACUAAAACCGACCCUCAGACUUCACAUACUAAACAACACUGUCCAUCAAAUUUAAGCUAAUGACCAGUUUAAACUGACCAUUCCAGCUUUUAAAUACCUAUAUAUGGUUUGCUUUGUAAACUUGGAGCAGUUUCCCUUUGGUUUGGUUUGGUUUGGAAAAUAUUGCGCACCAGAAUUCUUUAAAACAAACCAUGUGACAACAUUCUCUCAGUUUAUUGGUCAGACCUCUCUGAGGUGGAAGCAAGAAAGUAAAUACAGGAAGAAGGCCCUGUGUCAUAGACUAAUGCAUGGGUUUGAUUUCGGGUGUCUCAGCCCAGAGACUUUCAUCUCAGUUCCAACAAAUAUUGUCACAUUGAUGUACUAGUACAUUUUUUCCCAAUUUUCUCUCCCAAUUUAGCUUAGCCAAUCAACUCCACCUAUUUAUUAGGAAUGCCCCUAUUAGUUGCAAUGCUCUGGACGUGGGAUGAGCACAUGCCUCCUUUGAUACAUGUGAAGUUAGGCACCGCCUCUUUUCAAACUUCUGGCAAUGCAGCAUUACGAGGCAAAAAGACACUAGACCCCAGCUCUGAUUCAUCAGCUAACAGACCUAUGUGCUGCUGGCCAAUGGGAGUGAUGCAGGGGAAAGAGCACCAUCUACCGACCCAGAGAGAAACGGCUCUGUAUUUGUUUAUCAGAUAAUGAUGUAAGUGGAGAAAAUUCUGAUUUGCAGAGAAAUCCUGUAGUCAGGUGUUUCUGCAUGUUAUACUUUACAUUCCCGCUUCCAGUUAAACCUUCUAAAGAGAGCUUGAAGUCAGGACCCCCAGUGACCUAAAAAACAGAAUAUCUACACACCACACACACUGAGGUAACCAUAAGUAUCUACCUUUUAUCAGGGCUCUAGGUUGUCUAGAACCAGUUUCUAGAUAAUUAAAGCUACACAGUGCACACCUUAAACCUGUUUAUGUUUGAGAAAAAAAACCAUUUAAGAUCCCAAAUGUAGCUGAUCAGCGCAAGGCUAACAUUGCUAAAAUGUACUAUAAACUUAACAGUUAGCAUGAUGGUAACUGAUGUGCAUGCUUGCAUCAUCUUAAACCCUGUGGCGGUGACUUGCUAAUGUGGUGUUUGACACUGUAUAAACUCUGUUAGCUCCAGGGCUAAUUGGUGGAGUAUAAGCUUCCAUUACAUUUUAGCUACAUUAGCCCCCACACAGCAGCAGUAUAAAUCUAAAAGCACUGCUGAAAUGUGAACUGGCUGAUCGCCUACAUCUGGGGUCUGCUAUACCGCUGAACUAUCGCUUUAACACAGCUUCACACUCAGAGCAGCAGGUUUGCAGUGUGAACAGGAACUGGUUUAUUGCAGUACAGUCACAUUCCACUCACCACCCUCUCUAUGCCAUGACAAUCUCCUGCUACUCUACUGCUCAUGAUUUAUUUCCACAUCAUUCAUGAAGAGAUUGAGCUAAAAGAGCAAAAACAUUUAAGAGAGAAUCUAAACUAGAGAAAUGCAUCCACAUACAUGCAAUACUGCCCCCAUGUGGUUGAGAAGAGAAUAUUUAUAACAUUUAAUCAUGUUUAAUCAUAGAUUAUAUUAAAGAUGUUUUUACAAAAUGGUAUUUAAUGAUGUGCUACACAAAGAGGGCUUCUAGAUGGAAUCUUAAGAUUUUUCUUUUCCUCUUUUUUUAUUACAGCAGUUUUUCGUGGCCAAAUUUUGACCUUUCCAUAGUUUGAUGAAAUGAGUUGUAUGAUAUUAUGCAAUGUUAAUUUUUUUAAAGAAAUGUAUGUGCCUUGCUUUAGUUCUCUGACACUGCUUUCAGCUCGUCUGUGCUUUGGAUUCUCCUCGGCCUCCUCCUCCUCCACUCUCUCGAAACUGCUGGCUGUAGGCUGGGUCAG